AUGAUUUCUUUCAAGGUUAUGCUACCUAGUACCGUGAAAGAAGAGCCCGAUGAUGAAGAAAAAGAGGAAGUUCAUGGACAAGCAGCUGUUGUUGAAGAAGUCGAAGAACAGUUCGUUGACAUCGAAACUUCACAUGCAGAUGAAUUGAAUGCAAAUUUGAAAGCGGAAGAAAAAGUGGCAGCGGUUCAGCGAAAAUCUCACCCACGUAGGAUAGUUCAUCCCCCUCCGCCUCCUCCAUAUAUCGAACCUGAGGAGACAAACGUCGAACCAGAGGUCGAUAUCGAAGGUAUUGAGUUGAUGGGUCACGAAACAGGUGGUAUGAUGACAUUAGCUGAUGCGAUAGACGUGGCACUUGAAGAGGAAGUGUCCGGAGGUGAAGAGGAUGAUCAACCUCCUAUGUUGGAGAAAAGCGCAGAGCGAAGACGUCCACGUGGGAGGCCGCGCAAGCAUUCCCCGACGCAGAUUAUUCAACGGUCUCGCACAGGUCGACUGUUUCCACUUCCUCGUUCACGUUAUGUGGCUGACAAGGCAAUCAGCAAAGGAGAAGCGGAUAAAAUCAAUAAUUAUAACAUAAAACUGUUCGAAAACGAAGUGGGAGUGACGGAGUAUGGUGACCGUUACGCAACUGUAAUACCAGGCUGUCUAAGCUAUUUGUUACGUAAGGAGCGAAUUGUGGAGUUGCUGACGGAACCAUCAGACAUAGAAGCAAUCCGUGAACAAGGAUGGAUGUCAAUCAAACCUCCGCGGUUGCCCCCUCUUGUGGGCACAAAAGCUUGUUUCGCAUUCUACAUCGAAGGGUCCACUGUGAGCUCAGUGAGAGAGCUUUCGAGCGAUGAUCUGAAGCCAUGGACUACAACUGAUCCUGGCGAGGGAGAGCCGACGAUUAAACCGAAUGUAAGGAAGCAUGCUGUUGCAAGAAUUGACGGUCGAUUCGAACCGUGUAAAGGAGAUGGACGAUCUUCUGAAUUCCAUCUCACGGAGUAUAGUGCUUGGCUUCCGCGACUGCUGAGAUUGAGGAAAAAGAUUUUCUAUGUUGCCCGACAAACUGGACAGAUCGUUGGUAAUGUUCUCAUAUUGUACGACUUCACUAUGCCCGGAGAAUUGCCGACUAUAAUGAAUAUCGCUCAUGGAAACGAUGCUCUGCGAGAUAUGCAGCAGUUGGAUUUAGCCAUGGAAUUGCCGGUAGCUGAUGCCGACAAUCCGUUCAUCGAAGGCAUUGUUCCUGGUGUUCGAGGCGAGAAGUUUCUCAAAGUGCAUCCUUCAAAGAUUGGAUGGGUGAACAAUAAGACGUUACUAUUGAAGUACUUGAUCAACGAUCCCACCUUCUUAGAUGAAGCAGGUUAUUUGAAUACUCACGUGCCAUUUCUUCCACCGAUGAUUGAAGGGCGAGGAGUGUUUGUGCAUUUUGCGCCGGCUACCUUGGUUGCUGAUCAUAUUCACCAUACAGGUGACGGCUUGUCGCCAUGGACAUUCCAAGGUGCAUCUAUGCAUAACCGUGUGCGAACGGUAAAGCGAGCUCUCAUGCAAGAUGCAGAGGGGGUGUUUCGCCUGACCAAGCAAGACUGGCAGCAGACAGGCUUAGCAUUGGUUGAAACGAUAACCGUGCUGGCUAGAUGCCCACGGCUGAGGAAAAGAGUUGUUUUCAUCCAACGCAAUAAUCGUAUGGUGUUGGGAAUUGUAUGUUUCAUGUACGAGUAUAUCCGAGAAGGUCCGCUACCAGAGAUCCUACGAGAUAAUUCCAUCACUGUGCCUGGUCCGCCGAUAACGAGUCGGCAAUCGACGGCUUUGUCGACAUCCAUAGAUAAGUCGCACUCUAGUGAUAUCCAAGGAAACGGUGGGGUUACUGACGAUUUCGUCGAUGUAGAGGAAAUUGUGGACGGAGGUGAUGAGAAUGAUAUGUCGAUGACUGGAGGACAAGGAGAGUUUGAAGAAAUGCAUGAGGAUUGCUUGGAUGGUGGUUGGGACGGCGAUUUUGAUGAGGAUCUCUUAGCGUCGCAAGAGAAUAGCGAUCCGUUCAUCGAUGGCGUACGUGAAUUGGAAAGCGGUCAUGUGUAUCUGACUGUAAGACACAAAAGAAUGGCAGGAAGUUUGGAUACCAUACUGCAGUAUAUCGCAAACACGAACUUCGUGGAAAACCAUGAUAUCUUGAAUAGCACAAAGCCACAGCAUCCUCCACUUGUUCGUAAUGCUCGAGCCUAUGCGUUUUUCGUGGCUGGAAAUAUCGUUUAUCCUCAUGAUAUCAACAGGGACGAUUUUUCUCCCUGGUCGGGAAAUGGGACACCUGAAAAUCCGACCUGUUACCGUACAAAGGUCCGUAAAUUCCCAGUCGAAACGGACGAAGUUACUGGUUUGUUCCGAAUCGGCCACGGCGACUAUCGCUCCAGCCCCUAUCACCUUGUGCAUUUGUAUAGUAUUCAUCCUAAAGAAACACGUCUUAGAAAAAAGAUUGCCUAUCUCAUGGAAACUGAAACACGUACGAUUAUCAGCCAUGUCAUGAUUAUGUAUGAUUAUCACACAGAAGGUCCGGUGCCUCGCAUCCGAGGUCCGUACUCCAAGCGAUACAUGCGACAGAAGCCACGGCGUCCAAUGAUUGACAUAGCUGACACUCUAGAUGACGUUUCUGAUAUAUCAGAAUCGGAGAAGGAAAGUCCUUUCGGAAUAGGUCCUCAGCAAGCUGAGGAUGGCUCCAUUUUUUUGGAUCUUAAUGAUAUGGAGUUUCUGAAUGAUCGUAAUCGUCAGCUCCACUACCUCAUAAACAAACCACGCCUUGUUGAAAGUAUGGCUUGCUUGAAUACCCGAGUACCGAUGUUUCCACCUAUGACGACCUCCAGAGGCACGUUCAUAUUCUUCAUUGACGGCAACGAGGUCGAUAUUCGGAAUUUGACUUGCGAUGCGUUAUCACCGUGGUCGGAAAGCUUGCAAAUGAGUGAUGGUUCGAUCAUGUGUCGACGGCCAAAAACAAGUAAGAUCUCACUCGGUCUUAAUCGUGAAGGACAGUUGCGUGUCAUGAAAAUGUCACGAUCCCAAGGCACUGACUACCAAAUGCACAUAUAUGCGGCCACAUUGCCACGACUACCACGCUUGAAGAAAAGACUUUAUAACAUCCGACGGGAGUUGCGGCGUGAACCGAGAUAUGUGGACGUUAAACUGGAAGGCAACGGAAUGGAAGACUUGGACUAUAUCCCUGACUGGCUACAGGCUGACAUUGCUCAUGCAAAGAAGCAAGGAGAAUUGGCAGCUGCACAGAGUGCACAGGGAAUAGUCGAUGGCGGUGACAUUGACGUGUCGCAUACAGAAGAAGUUGAACAGGCUGUUGGUUCGCCAGUGCGGAAGAGCACUGCUACACGUCUUGCAAAUAUACCACCAGGAGGAGGUCACUCAUUACGUGAAGAUGCUGUCUGGAGGUAUGCCAAGGAGGCAUUCGACGUCAGCAGCAACGAAGCAGUCUUUGACGCGUUGUGGAGAUUACUUCUUGAGAAAAAUGAGCCGAGGUUAUUGCAGAAUAUCAAAUCGGACUUCGGUAUCGAAAUCGUCGCGGAUAAUCAUCCACUGCUUGUUGAAGGCGAAUCUAUAGAAGCAAUGGUAGUGACCGACGAUGGUUUGGUGUCAGCUGAAAUUGUUGAUGAAGGAAUGAUUCCGGAAGGUGCUACCAUAGAGAACGUGGAAAUUGUCGAAGAAAGCGUGGUCGUCGAGGAUCACCCGGCUACGGUGCAGAGCCAAACAGAGCCGGAAGAAAAGGAUAGCACACCAAAGGAUGAAACUGGAGCGAUUCAUAUUGGAGAAGAGGUUGAGAUACAGUCGGUGGAAACGGUGGAGACCGAGCGGUAG